AUGGAUUCUGUUGCAAUCAUUUUAUGGGUAUUGCUAUGUUUAAACAGCUGCUUCUGCAAGGGAAACCCUGAACCUGGUUGCAUUGGAAGUGAAAGACAAGCUCUGUUGAAGAUUAAGAAGGAUCUCAAAGACUCGUCAAACAUGUUGUUAGCUGAUUGGAGGCCUGGAAACAAAGAUUGCUGCAAAUGGAAGGGUGUUUCUUGUGACAAUGCUACCGGUCAUGUCACUGAGCUUCACCUUGGAUUUUCAAAUGGCAGAUUGAAGCUUGGUGGUCAGUUGAGCCCUGCUUUACUAGAUUUGAAGUCUUUGUCUGUCUUGGAUUUAAGCAACAAUGUUUUUGAUCAAACUCAAAUCCCCCGUUGGUUUUGGAACUUGACUUCCCAUCUGCAAUAUCUGAACAUCUCCGGGAAUCAUUUCCAGGGAAACAUACCAGAUUUGCUCACAAAUCAUGCUGCUCUUGUGUUGGACUUGAGUUCCAACAACUUCACUGGUUCACUGCCUGCUAUCUCCUUAAACAUGACAGCUUUAGAUCUUUCGAAUAAUGCGUUGUCGGGAUCUAUGUUGCGGUUUCUGUGUCGAAAGAAACAUAGGAUGAAACUGGAGGUUCUCAGCCUUGGUGGUAAUCACUUGUCAGGUGAAAUACCAGAUUGUUGGGAGAAAUGGGGAAGGUUGGUGGCCAUUGAAUUGUGUGACAACAACUUGAGUGGUAAAAUCCCACCCUCCGUGGAAGCUUUAACUUCUCUUCAGUCCUUGCACCUAAGCAACAACAGUCUACACGGUGAAAUCCCCGAAUCGAUGUCGAAUUGUACAGAACUACUCACUCUUGACUUCUCUGCUAAUCAGUUCUCCGGAGAAAUCCCACCAUGGAUUGGAGAAAGGCUCUCGAAUUUGAUCAUCAUCGGCCUCCGGUCAAACAUGUUCCAUGGGAGAAUACCAGACCAAAUCUGUGGCCUACCUUCUCUUCAAAUCCUUGACCUCUCCCACAACAAUUUAUCAGGAAACAUCCCAACCUGCAUCAAGAAUCUCACGGCAAUGAACUCGAGAAACAAAUCAAAUGGCACAAUAUCUUACAAGACAUCAAAGGGAUGCUUUGUCGACAACAUAGCACUUACAAUGAAAGGGGUGGUGUUCGAUUACAGCACUACACUCAAACUAAUCAAACUGGUGGAUCUUUCAGACAACAAUCUAUCAGGAGUGAUCCCUGAGGAAAUCACAACUCUCAUAGGGCUGCUAUCAUUGAAUCUGUCAAGAAAUCAUCUGGUUGGAAAAAUUCCUGGUAAUAUUGGUGCCAUGAACACACUAGAAUGUGUUGAUUUAUCAGAAAACAGACUUUCUGGUGAAAUCCCAGAGUCCAUGUCUCAGCUAACGUUCUUGAGUUACCUGAAUUUGUCCUACAACAAUCUCACUGGGAAGAUCCCAUCAGGCACGCAACUCCAAACCUUUAGUUCAUCAAGUUUUCUUGGGAAUAAACUCUAUGGACCACCGCUGACAAAUAGUUCGCGUGAUUCAAAGGCUGUGGUUCCCACUGGCAACAGUGUAGGAGAAGAUGUGGAUAAUGGAAACAAAAGACAAGUUGACAAUCUCAAGGUUUCAAAGAGCUCCGGAAGGGAUUGGGCUACAUAG